UGAGCAUUGGCUCACUAAUUAAGAGGGCUUUAAUUAACGGAUUUCAACUGAAAACGAGAAUACGAUGCAUAUGAAAUAUCUAAUAUCAAUUUAGUUUUCGUAGACUGGAUUCUUGACUAUGAUUGUUCUCAAUAAUUUCCCUAUCAAAACUGAUUCACUUGGAGAUAAAAAAGUUGAGACAAUUAUGAUCCCUUCCAAUAAAAGAGAAGCACCUGUUGUCAGCCCUCCUAAACCAGAUGACAACGGUCAUAAAAUCCCACUAGGUAAAAACAUAGCCUUCUUACAAAAGCAGCAUGAGGCCAUGCUGAAAGGCUUGCAUCAAGAAAUUGAAUCCUUGAAAAAAAUUAAUAAAGACUUGCAAUAUCGUCUGGUGAUGUGUACAUGUUCUGCUGGCUAUUCUGAUGAUAAUUUACCAAAAAAUAAAACCAACGAGAACUCCCUAAAACAAGAAAUAUCGAUUUUGCGGGAAGAUCUUGAAAAUGAAAGGAAGAAGAACGCACGUUUGAUGCAACAAUUAGAGGAAUUGCAAGUAUCCCAGAAUCCUGUUAGAGGACUUCCAAGAUUUGCAUGUAAAAAUGGACGAUUGUCAACAUAUUCAGAGCAGAAAAAUAUUUCAAAGAAUAAUGAAAUGUUCCAGAGUUUAAAUAAAAGUCAAAUUCACCAUGAUAAUAGUGAAUUCUUAAAAGGAUGUCAGGAUGUCCCAAGUAAAAAUACCGAUGUAAGUCUAUGUUAUUAUUAUUCUAUUACACUGUUAAUAGUGUUUUAUAAAGCACUAAAUUAUUGUUAAGAAAUUUAACUUUCGUGAGUUUAAGUCACUCAGUGUAUUGAAUUGUAAAGUUCAGUUACAUGUCCUUAAUUGUCCGACGAAAAUACAUCCAGUAAUUUUAAUAAUAGAUGUUUAAUGGUCGAGAACUGUAAAGUUACUUACUGUACAACUUGAACUUUGGACUUAUGGUAUCGUGACCAAAUAGAGGAAUACGCAUUAAGUUUUUGAUUACUUAAUUUUUAUAGUGAUGUUUUUAAAUGUAAUAAAUAACUCAUGUUUCAUUAAAACUGUUUAGAAACAUGUGUGUUUCAUUGCAAGCAUGAAAUUAUUCACCAUCUAAUGAAUACAUAGUACUGACUUUAAUUUAUUUCAGCUGUCAUUUCUAAUAAACUUUAAGGUGAAUAAAACCUAGUUUAUGAAGUCCAUUUAAAAUCUGUGAUAAAGAUAUGUACAUAAGGCUUUAAAACCCUCUUGAUUUAUCACACAAGUCAUGUUCACCAGGCAAACCUAAUGUACUUCGACAGAACUAGUGUAUAUGACAUCCAAUGACGGUCUUUUUGCACUUUCAUGCUAUAUUUGUGAGAUAUUUUCGCCGCCUAUUCUUUCAAAUGUGUAGCUACCGAUUUCAGACUCUCAAUAUUUUAAACUAGGAAUUUCGCCUUAAUGAAAUGUUUUAAUUAAUAUUACGAAUUAAGUCAUAUAACUCACCCUACUAAAUAACAUUAAUGGAUAACAAUAAUACUAAGAAAGAAAUAAGACCAUUAGAAGUAGUAUUAAUAUCGAUUAGAAAUAUGUUUUAUUGAUAUGUAUAAAGUAAAUGUGUUACCCUUCAUUUUAAGAUUUAUUACCUAGCCAUACAUUAAUUAGUCAUAUUUAUAACACAAAGUAUUUUGAAGAUGGUUUACAUACAAUAAUGACUUCAUCUGAAUAAUUAUUGAAAACUAGGUAACCUCAAACAACUGUGUCAUUCUAGACUGGAGUUCACAGCAACAGUACCCUACGUUACCAUCAGGAAUCGAACCUAGGACCUUCGAAUCUUACGAUGAAAGCAUUACCUUCAGAUCACUGAGUUAGAAAAUAAUGGUUCUCGUUUCUAACUUCAUUUGAUGCAGGAUAUAGCUCAAUCAUCAAAAAUUGAUGACACAUGUCCCACUCCAGACUUGUCUGAACCCUACGAAAUUUUGCCAUUCAAUUAUAGUUUUGAAAAUGUUAUUCCUUAAGUGAACUGACUAGGUAAGUAACUUAAAAAUUAGUCACAGGAUAAUAAUACCAAGUGUCUAAGUCAGCGAGCUCAUCAACUCGCAUCUACCAGUAUCUCUGUAUUAGUUAAUCCUCCUUCUAAGUUGCUAUCCACAAAGUAUACUACAAUAGAGUAAGGUUAACAUGUACCUAGUUAGCUUUCAUCACAUAGAUUGGUAGAUGUAGACCACCAGGCUUAAAUCAACAACAGUUGAUGUUGAGCAGCACAGCUCAGAAUCGAUCAUAGUAACGUAGAUGCCUUCACUCAUUCUUUUGCUCUUGAUUUUAAGUUUUAGAAUCCUCAUACUUUUUACCCCACAAUAUCAUACUUUUAGGAAUCAUAUUGUCUGUAAUUAAUCUCCUUUGCUACCACUAAUAUUUUUAAUACUUCUACUACUAUAUUAUUUGUCUUGAUACUUCAUCUUUAUAUUUUGAAAUGAUGUGACAACUUGAAUUGAUGCAUAUAUGUGCCUAAUUCUACGUUGCUUACAAAACUGACUAACUGGCUGAAAUAAAAAUAAGUCAAUCCUUCCAUCAUACUGGGUGCUUUUUUAAAAUUCCAUCCUAUUACUAGUAUUAUUAAAUCCAAACUGGGAUAAUAUUCAUUAAAUACCAUGAAUUCUAAUCUUUCUAUCUAUGAAAAAUUCUCAGUUCAUAACAGAUACAGUCACUGUAAAUAAUAACCCGAUAGCACCUACAACUGGAACAUUAUCAGUCAAUAAACUCAUACCAACCACUUCUCAUUCAGUUCCGAUUAAAUCAUCAACAACUCUGAAUAUACCAGGAAAUAAUUUCUUGACAAAACGAAGUAUUCUUCAUUCGUAUGAUAAUGAACAUGUUUUUGAAAAACAAGAAGAGGAAAUAAUCGAAUCAAAUGAUGAAUUAAUCAAUUCACACUUAUUACCAUUUCGAUUACCUGCAUUAAAUUUUAGAAAACCACUUAUUCAAGCUUCAUUGAGUAAUGAGCAACAUAAAAUGAAUACAAACAAUAUAAAGUAUUCACCUACACGUGGUUCAUUAAAGAAUGAAAAAGUAUUCAAUAGCGAAUUAAAAAUAACUCGUCCAAUAAAAAGUGCCACAGGAUACAAUAAUAACUCAACUACAUCAUUGGAAGUAUCCAUUAAUAAUCUGCAAACUAAAUCGAUUGAUUCAAAAACCUCAAAUGAUCAUUACCAACAAUUACAUGAUUUAAAUUUAAGAAAAGUUACACAAGCUUAUUCAAUUGGAUUAAAACCAUUUCUACCAUCAUUAACAAAACCAGCAGAUGUAAUGUUGAAUCGUCAAAAUGAUCGUCAUCAAAAGAAAUCUACAAAAAGCUUACAACGUAAGCGUGCACAACAAAAUAUUUAUCCAUUUUAAAUAAUAAUAAUAAUAAUAAUAAUAAUAAUAGUAACAUUUGAAACAAGAAUUCAAUUUGAAAAAGAAAAUCAACAUUGAAAUUUUGUUUAAAUAAGUAUAGAUAAAAAUAACAUUCCAUAUAUUUCUAUUUUUGAUAUUUAUCAAACUAAUAAAAAGUGGUGACCCAUGCAGUGGGAGCUACUAAUCAAUCGCGUUCAUUUGAAUGAAUUAUGCUUGUUGAAUAUUGAAACAAAAAAUGUUUUAUUUAUGGAAGGCAGCAGACAUAUUACCAAUGGAACAGUUCAGUACUCAAUAAUAAAAUCAUGCGACAAAUUUAAUUCUCAGAUGGAAUUCAAAGGUUAAAUUAUUAAAAUAUUGUAAGUAAACUUUUACUUAGUUUAUUACAUGAAGAAGAAAAAAAAACAGUUUUAUAAAGACAGAAUGGUAUUUUUAUUGGUUCAUAUUAUUGUUUUCAAGAUUGUUUUAUUCAUUUCUUCUAUCAUCAUUAACAAUUAAUGAUAAUAAUUUGUUUUACUAUACUUUUAUGCUUGAUUAUUCAUCUGUGAGAACACCGAUAGAUUAUUGUCAAGAUAAUUGUGUUUGCUUGUCAUUACAUAAUUACUGACUUUUAUCAUUACUAAUAUUAUGAUUAUCGAGGUAUAUCAGCAUGAAUACAUGUGAAUUUAAACGUCAUAGCGGUAGUUACACUAUACAAUAGUAGCUAACUUUCUCCAUCAUGACAAAUACCUAUAAAUUCACGCCUAUGCAAACAAUAUAUAUAUGUAUAUCGUCUAUCCAUUCAAUAUACUCAUGUACAUGACACAACAAUCGUUGUUCAG